AUGGCGUCACGAAGAAUGAUCACGAGUUUGCGAGGGACGCUGGCGGCGUCCGCGCCCCCAUUGAGACAACACAGGCAGAGGGGAGGGAUGGUGUGCGCGCAAUGCCAGCAGAGAUGGAGUUCGGUCAGCCAGAGACCUGGGUCAGAUCGAGUCAACUUCCCUGGCGCCGUCAACUCCCUCUUCACGACCUCACUCGAGUUCAAGCGGGCAACCGAAGACGACGCCAUGCCCACAUACCGCUACAUCGACCAAGAGGGCGUCGUAGUCGACAACUCCCGCGACGUCAACCUCAGCACUGAAGAGAUGCUGAAAAUCUACCGCGACAUGGUCACCGUCAGCAUCAUGGACCUCAUUAUGUUCGACGCCCAACGCCAAGGCAAAGUCUCCUUCUACAUGGUCUCCGCCGGCGAAGAAGGCAUCGCCGUCGGCUCCUCCUCCGCUCUGCUCCCCUCCGACCCCGUCUUCGCCCAGUACCGCGAACACGGCGUCUUCCUGCACCGCGGCACCACCGUCUCCGAAUUCAUCCACCAAUGCUUCUCCACCCGCACCGACCUCGGUAAAGGCCGCAACAUGCCCGUACACUAUGGCAGCAGCAAGCAGCACGUCCACACCGUCUCCUCCACUCUCGCCACACAGAUCCCGCAGGCUUCGGGAGCGGCUUAUGCCCUUAAACUCGAGAACCAGCGCAACCCCACCGAGCCAGGGAGAGUAGUGGCCUGCUACUUCGGCGAAGGCGCCGCGAGCGAAGGAGACUUCCACGCCGCGCUUAACAUCGCCGCUACCCGGUCCUGUCCUGUCUUGUUCAUCUGUCGUAACAACGGCUACGCCAUCUCCACACCCACUUUGGACCAAUACCGGGGCGACGGCAUCGCCUCCCGUGGCGUGGGCUAUGGCAUCGACACGGUGCGUGUAGACGGCAAUGACGUCCUCGCCAUGCGCGCCGUCACACAGCAAGCCCGGGACCUCGCUCUAUCCGAGGGCGGUCGGCCCGUGCUGAUCGAAGCAAUGUCCUACCGCGUCUCGCACCACAGCACCAGCGACGACAGCUUCGCCUACCGCGCGCGGGUCGAAGUCGAGGACUGGAAACGAAGGGAUAACCCUAUAACUCGUCUGCGCAAGUACCUUGAGUCUCGGGAUCUUUGGGAUGAGGAGAAGGAAAAGACGCUGCGCUCCGAUCUACGACAAGAAGUGCUCAAAGCGUAUCGCGCGGCGGAGAAGGAGAAGAAGCCCGAGUUGGCGGGCUUGAUUACGGACGUGUGGGCGGAGAUGACGGAGGAGCAGGUGGAGCAGUUGGCAAGGGUGAAGAGGCUGGUCGAGCAGUAUCCGAAUGAGUAUGAUGUUUCGGAGUUCGAGGGUGGGAUGGGGAGUGUGGAUGCACUUCUGAAAGCGCACGGACGGUGA